UUCCCAAGGUCGCGCCGAGUCAUGGCACAAUCUCGCCACUCCCAGUCGACGGCAGCGCUCCGACCAGGCAACUACGCACCGGCAUCAGUUCCGCUACACGGCGCACCGAGUGUUGCCAUCAUGACUAUCGAUCUGCACUACAUACUGGCCAGUGGUCCUUGUCGCUCUGUCAUGCUGACUGCCAAAGCUAUUGGUGUCGAGCUGAACUUGAAGCCGUGUGAUCUCUUUUCUGGAGAGCAUCUCAAACCAGAGUUUAUCAAGAUGAAUCCCCAGCACACAGUCCCUACACUUGAUGACAACGGUUUUUAUCUGAGUGAAAGCCGAGCAAUAAUGGAAUAUUUGGUGGACCAAUAUGCCAAAAAUGACUCUCUGUACCCAAAGGACGCAAAGAAAAGAGCCGUGGUUACUCAGAGACUGUAUUUCGAUAUGGGCACCCUCUACCAAAGACUCAUAUAUUACUAUCUUCCCGUUAUGUUAGACAAGGCUUCUCCUGACCCAGAAAAGUUGAAGAAGUUACAUGAAGCACUUGGGUUUCUCAACACGAUCCUGAAUGGUCAAGACUGGGUCGCGGGCAGCAGCUUCACCAUUGCUGACAUCACACUUGUGUCGACAGUAUCCACCGCCGAGAGUGUAGGCGUGGAUGUGAGCGAGUACAAAAAUGUUACAAGAUGGUUUGAGAAAUGCAAAAAGUCUAUUGCUGGCUACAACGAAAUAAACCAUAAGGGAUGUCUUCAGCUCAAAGAGAUUUACAACAACGCCCUGAAGAAGUAAAUUGAGGGAAUUUUUAAAGUGCAGUUCAAAUUUUUUUCGGCAUUUUCUAAUAAACUGAUUUGGCUCUCUAGGUUGACCUGCCUUGGAGUGACAGAUUGUACCAAAGUUUCGCUCUGCAUUGGUGCAGGCAUUUUCAAGCAUUAUUCAACGUGGUUCAAGCUUGAAAGCCAAGAUUAUUUUAUUAGAGAAUUUUAUUGGUGUUAACAAAACAGUGAAUGUGUGAAACAAUAAAGAAGAUUAACAAUUGUAUGUGAAUGCAUUUUGCAGUUUCAAGCAUUAUUAUUAUGUUAAAACAACAUAUAAUCAAUAUUUUUUGUAAUGCCUUUAUUUUCAGCUACUUUUAAAAUCAACAUCAAAUGCAAUUUGCAUACAUUAAUUUCAUCUUAUGUAUGCUUGCAAAGAUCCAGAAACACUGCUUCGCCAAUAAAUAAAAAAUAAUGUUAAUGAUUUGUGUAUAAAACCAAGUGCACCAGAAAAAUAAAACUUAAAUGUUUAUCACUAGAGUGAUGUGUGUUUAGUCAUAACACAUUUUUUAAUCAGUCAUUUGUUUAGUGCAGUAAAUAAUUUUUUUAUGUGACAAGACUUUGUAAUAAUGAUAUUGGCUGUAUACAAAUAAUAUGCAUAAAUGCAUUAUUGUCUGAUAGAGCCACAACAGAAAAGGAUCUGUUUAAAAAUGCUAAAAGGUGUCAAUAAACAGUUGUGAAAUGGA